AUGGCGUUUAUUAAAGAGGAGAGUGAAGAUGUGAAGAUUGAAGAAACGUUCAGAGUCAAACAGGAAGAUCUGCAGGAACAAACAGACCUAAUUGAAGAGAUUAAGGUGGAUAAAGAGGAACAACAUCAUGUCAAAAUUGAGGAAAAAACUCAUUUACAGACUGAUGGUAUUUUGAAAAGGAGAGACAAGAAUCGUUUCACCUGCACUCAGUGUGGAAAGAGUUUUGAAAAACAAAGCUAUCUUAAAAUUCACAUGAGGAUCCACACUGGAGAGAAACCAUUUACAUGCACUCAGUGUGGGAAGAGUUUUAACUGCUCAUCACACCUUAAACUACACAUGAGGAUUCACACUGGAGAGAAACCAUACACAUGCACUCAGUGUGGGAAGAGAUUCAUCCGCUCAUUCUCCCUUAAUAAACACAUGAUGAUCCACACUGGAGAGAAACCAUUUACAUGCACUCAGUGUGGGAAGAGUUUCAGGCAAUCAUCAUCCCUUAAUAAACACAUGAUGAUCCACACUGGAGAGAAACCAUUCACGUGCACUCAGUGUGGGAAGAGAUUCAUCCGCUCAUCAUCCCUUAAUCUACACAUGAGGAUCCACACCGGAGAGAAACCAUUUACAUGCACUCAGUGUGGGAAGAGUUUCAGCCAAUCAUCAACCCUUAAUAAACACAUGAUGAUCCACACUGGAGAGAAACCAUACACAUGCACUCAGUGUGAAAAGAGUUUCAGCUACUCAUCACACCUUUAUCUACACAUAAGAAUCCACACUGGAGAGAAACCAUUCGCAUGCACUCUGUGUGGGAAGAGUUUCAGCUGCUCAUCAUCCCUUAAUCAACACAUCAGGAUCCACACUGGAGAGAAACCAUUCACAUGCACUCAGUGUGGGAAGAGUUUCAGCCGCUCAUCAUCCCUUAAUCAACACAUGAGGGUCCACACUGGAGAGAAACCAUUCACAUGCACUCAUUGUGGGAAGAGUUUCAGCCGACCAUGGUCCCUUAAUUUACACAUGAUGAGACACACUGGGGAGAGACCCACAGCUUCGGUGUGGGAAGAGUUUCAGUAACUCCUCAGACCCUAAUAAACGCAUGAAGACUCCCACUGGAGAGAAACCAUUCACAUGCACUCAGUGUGGGAAGAGUUUAAACCGAUCAGCAAAUCUUAAUAAAGGCAUGAAGAUCCACACUGGUGUGAAAGACUAUAUGUGCUUUGAGUGUGAGAAGACUUAUAUUACAAACUGCACAAGACGUUUCAUACUGGAGAGACUGUGCAAGUGUUCACACUCUGACGAGGUUUAAUCAGUUAACACAUCUGAAAACAGAAGAGGAUUCACUGGAGAGAAACUGUACAGAUCUGAUCAGUGUUUACAGAAUUUCACUCAUUUGGUUCAAAAUGUUUGAAAAGGCUGAGUGAUGAUUUACUGUUUUCCAACACUCCUACACUGCAGUAGGUGGGGUUGUAAAUGUGUUGCACUCAUUGCGUUUACCCUAAACACAAUGAUGGCGGUUGAGUGAAGAACAGUUUCAUAAACAUCUGGCAAACAGCGCCUCUGCGGCUUAAAAUCUCUUUGCAAGUGAUUGUACAGGUGCGUAUACAUCUGUACUCCACUCUUCAGUGUAUUCAUGUAACUAGUGUUGUUUUGGAUGAUGUUCUCUGUCUGACUCCCUGAAUGAGAAACAAAUCACUGGGAAGACACCGCACAUCAAAGAAGGUGGAGCUCCAGGACGGUUAGUUUGCAGUAAACCAAGUCUUCAAGUUUAAAAAGCCCAUUCAAUUGUCCUGUGUUGCAUCUUUUAUUAGUAAAGUUUCUUUACUUUUAGGUUUAAAGGGGUGGUCCACUAUGAUAUCAUAUUUUAAACUUUAGCUGAUGUUUAAUGUAGGUGUGUGAACAUAAACAACAUCUCUGAAUGCAAAAAGUUCUAAGUUCAAUGCAAAGGGAGACCUUUGUUUUUACAGAGUUAGCUUAGCAAAGCCUACAAUGAUCAAAUUUUGGGGACUACAAAAAAUACUUCCAGGCCUUGUGAGAUCACAGAAGUUCGUUACUGCGCAUCCAAACUGAGCAGGUAAGGCCCGUGGCCAGAGGCCCUGUAACGUUAUAGCAGAGAUCAAGCUAAAAAUGCGUCUAAACGCUGCUAUUUCCACAGAGCUUCAUCUGUUUCUGUAUUUGGGCUUCCAAAGGACACGACACAAAGACAGAAGUGCUUACAGUUCAAUAUUA